UGGAACUGUCAACUCUGCCAAUCUAUGACGUAUUUCUCUUCCGCUAUGAGCAGACCAAUUAUAUUAUACAUUUGUCUGGCUUUCUGUAGCCUCCUGGUUCUCAAUUUCCACCCACAAUGUCUAGCCUUCCCCAAGAUGGAAAGGAGGGAGAUAGCACAUAUUCAUGCAGAAAGAAGGCAGUCUGAUGAGAGGACAGGAAUAAAAGACCUAGAAAAUAAGUCCAGAACUUCUGGUCAAAUGCCUCAGUUGGUGGUCUCUGAAGAUUCAGUGUCAGUGUCAGAAGACCCCUCAGGAACAUCACUAAAUGAAGUGUCCCCUGUUACUGAAGGAACCCAUGCUGCAGGAGGCAGGCUCACAGAGCCUAUUGGCCCUGGUGAUUACAUUCCUACCAAGUCAGUGGUCCCCACAAGUGAGGAGGAACUGUUUGGUCCCAGCCAGCCAGAGAGAACAUCCCCUGAAAGCUGUCUUUCUAAGGCCAGGUUAGCCACUGCAGUUGCUGUAACUGCUCCUCUCAACACUGAGGAGAAGGAAGACCACUUUAGCAGUACCAACAUUCUGCCCACUGUAGAAGUGACCACAGAAGCAACACAAGGUUUUCUGAAGCAUUUGGAUGGUCUAUUAUUUGCAUCUGAAAGUCAGGAAGAAGUUAGUGUGGGCUACUCAACUUCAUCCCAUGUAAAUACUAAAGAAACACUAACCACCAAUCUGAGGAUUAAAAACUUUGAAGCAGCCACAGAGCAUAGGGCAACCUCUCUUCCGGGUUCUGAACCCACAGCCAGCACUGAGCCUGAAAACCUGACACCUGAUCGAGAGAAAUCUCCACAGACAACAGCUGAUAAAACCCAUGCUACUGCCACCAAGCACUUGGUUGCAGCCUCUGAGGUUGCUUUCAGUGUUGAGCCAGAAACUGACAGCCUCCCUGGAUUCCCUGGCCUCACAGCCAGCAUCAGCACAGCUGUUCCAACUGCCUCUGUGUUAAGUGAUGAAUGGGACGACACCAAAUUAGAGCGUGUAAGCCAGAUAAGGACCCCAAACCAUGGAGACAACACAGAGACUCAGAUGAGAAUGGAAACAUUUCAGACAGUUCAAGUCACCCCUGACAGUAUGGAAGGGGUUGAGCCUUUGACAGGGGCUGCAGAUAUGACCUGGGGCCUGCCUGAAGGUGAAGCACACACUGGGACGCCCCUGCUAAUAGCACCAGGAGCUGAGAGAUCAGCUGCCUUGAUGGAUCAGAGUUCCUUUACUCCCACAAGUCCCAUGGAAGAUGUGAAAGUUUCGGUUGUAAAUCUCGUCCAGAAUACAGCAGGCUUCGUGGAGUCUACCACAGAAAAGGAUGCUGUGUUUUCCUUACAGACAACUGUUUCCAUCUCAGGAUAUGAAUCUGAUGCAUAUCAACCACUGGAAAACACAUUUAAAGACAUUACCACUCAAGAGAUGACAACAGCUGUUCAAGAAGCAGAAGCCACUUUAUCAUUGGUGACACAGGAACAGAUUUCGGUCCUGGAGGUUACCAGAGGAAAUGGUGAGACUGAGGAAGGAUCAGAGUCUCCCUCAUCCAUGUCAGGUGUGCCUGGUGUUACUCAGCUAUUAAGAAGAUCGGAACCUCUGGCAUCAUCUACAACCCUACCUUUGUCUUUGGAAGUUACGCCCACUGUGCAAGAACUAAUGGACACAGUCACGGGCCCAAAUGGGGAGUUGCUCACGCCAGUGUUGGGCUUUCCAGUGACCCUCCCCGGCAUAAUGGAGGAGAUGGCCAGCAUUUCCCUAGUACUUCCUGCUUCUGAGGUGUCCUCUGAGAGAAGAACCAUUGUUCCAUCUGUUAGUCGUGUUAGUACAGCUGCCACAUAUGGCCUGGACCAGCUUGAAUCUGAAGAGGGAGAAGAAGAUGAGGAUGAAGAGGAUGAAGAUGAAGAAGAGGAAGAUGAGGAGGAAGAUGAGGAAGAUAAGGAUACAGACUCACUUGAUGAGAGCUUGGACAGUGAUACUGAGCUGCCUGGGUUUACCCUCCCUGGCAUCACCUCCCAGGAACCUGGUUUAGAGCAGAGAAACCUGGGCACCUUGGGAGGAGCCACCUACCAGGUGCCAGAUGCCAUCGAGUGGGAACAGCAGAAUCAGGGCCUGGUGAGAAGCUGGAUGGCAAAACUGAAAGACAAGGCUGGCUACUUGUCUGGGAUGCUGGUACCCGUAGGGGUUGGGAUUGCUGGAGCCUUGUUCAUCUUGGGAGCACUCUAUAGCAUUAAGGUUAUGAAUCGCCGAAGAAGAAAUGGCUUCAAAAGGCAUAAAAGAAAGCAGAGAGAAUUCAACAGCAUGCAAGAUCGAGUGAUGCUCUUAGCCGACAGCUCUGAAGAUGAGUUUUGA